CCUCCGUGCAGAGCGGGCGUCGUUAUCGUGUUCAUAAAAAAAAUGAAAUAAAAUCAAAAAUGGAACAUCAAAAUUUAGAAAAAACAACUUCGACCACCCCAAUGCUUUUGAAAGAAGAUAAGGAGAAUGUUGUGAUACUAACCCCCAGUAAUGGGGUUGGGAAGAUAUUGAUCAGGGAAGAUACGAUUUUGGCCAAUUUGCAAGGCUGUGCAGGUUGUGGUAAAACUCAGUUUGCUUGUUCUGGUGUUAAAAAACAGUGGUCGGCUCUGUGUUGGGGGAAACCAUCUGAUAAGAAAUAUUAUUGCCUGAUAGUUCUCCUGUCUACGGCAUUCGCUUUAAGUCUUAUCGGUUCAAUAUUCUUCUGCUUCACGAACACCAUCAACGAUGCUAUUCUAUCAAACAUGGUGAUAAGGAACAAUAGCCUCGCAUACUCAAUGUGGAGGCGGCCCACGGUCCAUCCGCUGAUGAAAGUCCACAUCUUCAACUACACCAACUGGCAGAGGGUCAAAAAUGGACUUGACGAAAAGCUGAAUGUUCAAGAUGUUGGACCUUAUGUAUACUCGCAACACUUGGAAAGAGUGAAGGUCAAAUUUGAGGGUGACAAGUUGAGUUUUCAAGAGCGGAAUAAUUUCAAAUUCCUACCCGAAGCGAGUGUUGGGGCGCAUUUCGAUCAAGUAUUCGUUCCGAAUCUGCCGUUAUUGGGUGUCCUCGCCAAAGCGUCAAGCCUGUCAUACAUAGUUCAGCUCGCGUUAGCUACAACGCUAUCAUCAGUCGCUAAUCAUAAAGAUGCCUUUCUGAAACUGCCGGUGCAAAGAUUUCUUUGGGGCUACGACGACAGCAUAAUUGAUAUCGCGAAGCCAUUUUUAAGCAUUCAAGGACUUUUAAAUUUUGAAAAAUUCGGCCUUCUAGUAACUAAAAAUGGCACCGGAUCUGAUCGUUUCACAAUAAACACGGGAGAGAAUGAAAAGAACAGAAUGAACAUACUUGAAAAGUUCAAUGGAGAGCCGACGCUAUCUUACUGGGGAAGUCCCGAGUGCAAUAGCAUAGAAGCAUCGGAUGGAACGAUUUUCCCGCCAUCUCUACUCGAUAAAAAUUCUACUCUGUACGUUUUCUAUCCGAAUUUGUGCCGUCGUCUGCCAUUUAAGUACAUCAAGGAUGUUGAAAUAGGAGACGGUAUAAAAUUAAUGCGAUAUGGAAUGCCUGAAAAUGUCUUCGAUGAUCCUGAAAACAACCCAACGAAUCAGUGCUACUGUGAAAUAGACAGUGGGGAAUGCCCCCCACGGGGUAUUAUUAACGUCACUGAAUGCGCUAUGGGAGCACCAGCCUUUGCAUCAUUUCCGCAUUUCCACAGAGGUGAUGAGAUUCUACGGACGCGAAUAACCGGUCUGAACCCAGAUUCAGACAUGCAUGAAUCUUAUUUAGACAUUCAUCCAACGUUGGGGAUCGCCUUGAGUGGAAAAUCUAGUCUACAACUGAACAUUCAAGUCCAAAAAUCAGACGCAUUUGGAGCCCUCGGCUUUUUGAAACAGGGCACAGUGCUGCCCAUAGCCUGGAUUGAAAUGUCAGUAGAAGAGCUACCAAAGAGUCUCCAGUCGCUGGUAUACCACGGGACGUAUUCUACCGCGGCAGCUCAGCUCGGUCUAACGGUGUUUUGCUUGAUAACACUAACAGUAUCGUCAAUAUGUCUGUUUGUGAUGAUCGUUAGGAGGAGGAGAAAACCUUGCGCUACAGUGAAAAUAAUACCAGUUGAUACUGAAUUAAAAUGUCAAUUAUAAUAAUAGUUAAAUACCUUUAAGAUUCCUAUUGAAAUUAUGACAAAUUAUUCCUACGCAUCCAGAAUUAAUGUAAUUAAUUGACUGCUUACGUCACGUCAGCCAUCACCAAUAUCAGCGACGAUAUGGCACGAUAGACUUGACAGUUAAUAUGGACUAUAUUAACUGUCAAGUCAAAUAAUCUAUCACUAUUAAAUUAAUAAACAAAUACAUUAAUCAGCUGAUAUUGGUUAACAAAGAGGUUUGCUUAGACUCUAAAUAUCAAAAAUUUAAAGAGCAAUUUGUAAUUAUAAUUUAUUUUAAUAGAUUUUGUGCAAAAUGAAAACGAAGAUAUUAUUUACAGAUAAAUAUUUUUACACGUGUUUGAGUGACAUUUGUGUACACGGUCCAUUAAAACGAAAAUUAUCCAUAUUGAUUGUUGAUAGAAAUAAUUAAUAUGAUUUAAUUACUUGUAAUUUCUUAAUGUUAUUGGUGGCAAUAUAACAUUUAGCACAUUUUUUAUUAAUUUAUAAGCACUACGCACGUGAUAUUUGUCCAGUGUUACAAUAUAGAAAAAGCACGGAUAUAAUUUCCAUUUCAUAUUUUUAGGCGAUAACAUAUUUUUCCAUAUUGGGAAAGAUCAUUCUUUUAUAGGGUUUCGUAGGAAAUAAGUUCCACUCAAUGUUACGGUAGGUCCGUCCAUUUAUUCCAAAAUAAGAUAGCAUUUUUUCAAAGAAUAUAGAAGAAGAUUCCAAAAAUAUUGCAACUCGGCUGUCGCUCUGGUAAUAAGUCUUAUUUAGAAAAGAAAUUAAUUUUUAGCCGAAAGAUCAUACAAUUUUCCUUACAAUGUUUCGCUUUCCGCCGUGCACGAAAUUAAUAGUUAAGGACAAUUUUGCUCAAAAAAGCUAGGCCUACCAUUACUAGCCUACUAAUAUGUAACAUGGUAUAUUGCCCGAAUUACUAUCUGUAAGUAACCGUAUUUAUCAUAUAAAUACCUGUUACGAUAUAAAAAUUAACAACAUUCAAAGGUGUGGUUGAAUUCUGCCCGUUAUACAAAAUAAAGGUAUUAACCUUUUUUAUAACGUUUUUUGUAAUGUUGCCAGACGCUGUCACUUGCCUCAAUCAAAGACAAAUAACAGUACAAAUGAUUAAUAUUGUUGUAUUUUAAAUAUAAUGGAUAAAUUGAUAUCACAUAUUUUUUAUUAAAUUUAAACUAGAUUUAAGUAAAUAACGGCUGUUAAACAAUGAAAUAAAUUUAUAAUAAUGUUUUAUCAAUUUCUAUUUAAUUACAUACAGAUUAAGAUAUUUUCAUAGUUUAUCUUUUUUUUAUAACUUAAAACCUAAAAUCUUUGCUGAAAUAGAGUAAUGGCUGGAAAUUAAAAAAAAACACAAUAAUUAUUAGUUAUUACCAGUUUGUACUAUAUGUAAAUAUUUUAACAUAGUUUUCCUUAUCAAUAUUGUAAAAUUUAUUAAAA